AUGGUCGGCCAAAAUCAUAUUUUUAUGAACGGUUCUAUCUUGUAUACCCCACAUAUUUCUGGCACUUACGCCAUUCCUACGUCAAACGAAAAGAUUUUGCACGUGCAAAUACCAACUUAUCAAGUUAUUAAUUCCUCGCCUAUCGUUUACAAUCCCGCGAUGACUGAAAAUGAUUUAAUUUCAUCUUUUGUUCUUACUAAUGAGAUGCAACAACAAUUACUUAUGGAUCCAAAUUCCAUGCAACAACUUCAAACUCUUGAUACCUUUACUGAAAAUGAUUACGACGAUAUUUUGAGAAGUCCAAAUGAGGAAAAUGCUUCUGGUUUAGACUCCCAAGUAAACAGUCCUCCUGGUGAAUGCAGUAGUCCUGAUGAAAUGUUGAAUAAUUCUUUUGAUGAUAUUACUUUCGAUGAUUUCUUUUCCUCUCAUAACUUUUUUAAAGACGAUUGUCUCGAAAAUUGCGUUGAUGAUUACGUUAAACUUGAAAAUUCUGAUAAUGAAGAUACCUUAAUGGCUCAUGUUUCUGAUUCUGACUCUGCGCAACAUGAUUAUUCUGUUGAAUCUUCAACAAAUAAUGCUGGUAAUAUUGGUACUCCUCCACCUUCCCCUCAACAAACUUCUACUGAAUCUUCGGAUUUGAAAACAAAUUUGAAUCCUCCCAAAAAACAAACUAGUACAAAACCUCCUCGAAAUUUAGAGUGUUACAAUUGUGGUGUAAAUAAAACCCCUCUUUGGCGUCGCACUCCAGAUAGAAUGCAUUCUUUAUGCAACGCUUGUGGUUUGUACUAUAAACAGUACAAUACUCAUAGACCGUUACAUAUUAGAAAUAAGCCAACUAAUAGUAAUGCUCCUUAUACUCUUCCCGUAUCAAGAAAGAGUACUAUUUCGAGUGUCUCUUCUGAAUCUUCUGGUCAACCUAUUUGCAAUGCCUGUGGUUUAUAUGCAAAAUUACAUAAUAGAGAUCGUCCCGCUGCUAUGAGAAAAGCAAAAAUUCAACGUCGUCGACGUGAUUGGGGUGGUGCUAAUGGUAAUUCAAACGGUUUAAAUCUUGAUGGUUCCGUUUCUGAUGGCUCUUGUGAUUCCAACUUGCAACUCCCUACUUCUCCUAAUCAACAUCCUAUCACUAUUCAAUUAACUGGUCAACGUCCUAUAAUGCCAUUAAUGAUUCCUCAAUCUCAACUCACUGCUUCUCCAAUUACAAUGAUUACUUCAAUUCCAGCAUCUGUUCAACAUAAUUAUGGCGCUGGAAUUCCUUAUUUGUCUUACCAAGUUGGUCUUGAUGAAUCAGGAUUUAAAUCUUCGGUUAGCAAAAUGCCAAAAGAUCAAAUAGAAGAAUUUCUUGAAAAUUUGGAACGACAAUGCUGCAUCUUGAAAGAAGUAUUGGUUGAGGAUCAAAAUUAUUAA